AGAGAGCAACAGGUCUAAAUCCUGCCGGCUGUGCGAAGCCAGUGGUUGUUGGGCCUCUGAGUUAUUCUGUUUCUGCACAGAAAGUUAAUUCAAGUGUAGCCCUGAUGUUUCGAAUGGGAGUCGAACACGCAAAGAGGCACCCUGGAAUCGUCCCUCAGAUGUUCUUAAUCUGCCUGGGGAUGGGCGGAGCGUUCGUGUACCUGAUCCGGCUGGCCAGAGGUCCACAUGUAACCUGGAACAGGAAGGAAAACCCUGAGCCGUGGAAUAAACUCGACCCCACGUACCAGUACAAGUUUAUGUCCAUCAACACAGACUACAAAAACCUGAAGAAGGAGGGUCCAGAGUUCUGAUUCUCACAAACUGGAGUAAAAAAGAAAAGAAAAGAAAAGAAAAGAAAUCCAAAAGGAUCUGAUCUGGGGUCUGAUUUUCUCUUCCCGUUCUUCCGGACCUCGACACUGUAACUGGAGGGUGAAUUGGAUCCCAAAUCAGGACUUGUAACAAACUCUUUAGUGUUUCUGAGCCUGUGUGUUUUCCAAAAAAAAUAAAAAUAAAAAUGCUGCUGGUCACCAGGUAAAUGUGACCCAGACUGUCGCAGAUGUUUAGUGAAUAAUGAGGCAUUCGUUCUGACAUUUACUGAAGGAUAAUAAAGUGCUCCUGCAGCUUCUUCCUGUUUACCAGAACCUCUGAUCAGAGCUUCCAUUGUAUUUAAAAUCAUACUUUGCUUUGUAGAUAUGUUAAAAAUGCAUUGGUUAUGUAAUUUUACUGUAUAGAUUGUUUCUCAUCUGUCAUCCUGCUCAAAAAUCAAUUCAACAGCAAGAAAAAAAAAGCAUGGAAAAUAAAGAAAAUGAUCCAAAUAUUUUCAUAGUAAGGCUCCAGACAUCAAAAUAAAGAUUUGAAGCAAAACUAACACUGA